CCGUGGCUAGCGGCCCGCCGGCGCCCCCUCCCUAGCAUGCGGACGAAGACGGCGGGCGGCGCGGAGCGGCGUCCCCUGCAGCCGCGAACCCAGGCGGCGGCGGCACCUGCUGGCCGAGCAAUGCCGAGUGAAUAUAAUUGUGUUAGACUGAGAAGUGAUUGCUCAAAGCCUUCCCUGCAAUGGUACACCCGAGUUGAAAACAAGAUGAGAAGACGCAGCUUGUUGUUAAAAGACAUCCUCAAAUGCACAUUGCUUGUGUUUGGAGUGUGGAUCCUUUAUAUCCUCAAGUUAAAUUAUACUACUGAAGAAUGUGACAUGAAAAAAAUGCAUUAUGUGGACCCUGACCACGUAAAGAGAGCUCAGAAAUAUGCCCAGCAAGUCUUGCAAAAGGAAUGUCGACCCAAGUUUGCGAAGACGUCAAUGGCACUGUUGUAUGAGCACAGGUAUAGCGUGGACUUACCACCGUUUGUGCAGAAGGCACCCACAGCUAGUGAGGCCGAGUACAAGUACGAUCCUCCUUUUGGGUUCCGGAAGUUCUCCAGUAAAAUCCAGACCCUCUUGGAAAUAUUGCCUGAGCACGACUUUCCUGAACACUUGAAAGCCAAGAGUUGUAGGCGCUGUGUGGUUAUUGGAAGCGGUGGAAUACUGCACGGACUAGAACUGGGCCAUGCCCUGAACCAGUUCGAUGUUGUGAUAAGGUUAAACAGUGCACCAGUUGCGGGAUAUUCAGAGCAUGUUGGAAAUAAAACUACUAUAAGGAUGACUUAUCCAGAGGGUGCGCCACUGUCUGACCUUGAAUAUUUUUCCAAUGACUUAUUCGUUGCUGUUUUAUUUAAGAGUGUUGACUUCAACUGGCUUCAAGCAAUGGUAAAAAAUGAAACCCUGCCAUUUUGGGUGCGACUCUUCUUUUGGAAGCAGGUGGCAGAAAAAAUUCCAUUACAGCCAAAACAUUUCAGGAUUUUGAAUCCAGUUAUUCUCAAAGAGACUGCCUUUGAUAUUCUUCAAUACUCAGAGCCUCAGUCAAGGUUCUGGGGCCGAGAUAAGAAUGUCCCCACAAUCGGCGUCACUGCUGUUGUCUUAGCCACUCAUCUGUGUGAUGAGGUCAGUUUGGCAGGUUUUGGGUAUGACCUCAAUCAACCCAGAACCCCUUUGCACUACUUUGACAAUCAGUGCAUGGCCGCCAUGAACUUGCAGACCAUGCAUAAUGUGACAACAGAGACCAAGUUCCUCCUCAAGCUGGUCAAAGAGGGUGUGGUGAAGGAUCUCAGUGGCGGCAUCCAUUGUGAAUUUUGAACACAAAAAACCUCACCUGGAAAUGCAGCUCUGACUCUGAGGGCUGUUUUUAACAGCCUUCUUGAUGCAUUUCAUCCUGCAGAUACUUUGAAGUGCAGCUGGUGUUUUAAACUUUUAAUUUAAAAACAAAAACCAUUUAACUCUUCCCACUUUUUUCUUCUGUUUAUUCGAGGUCAGUGUUUUUGCACAACAUUUUGGACAUUAAUUUUAAGAACUGAAUUGGAAAAACUUUCAAAGAGAAUUGUAUGUAAAUGAUGUUUUAUUGAAUCUUUAGAAAGUCAUUUAAUUUGUAAAAACUCUGUGUAUACUGCACAUCCUGUGCCAGGUAGUGAAGUAGAGGGACAGAGGAGGUCGCUCCUUUGACGAUGGCUUUGAAUGCCUGAUGCUGGUCUUUGCUACUGUGUUUGGUGGGACUGAUGGAGGAGGCACUUCCAGGACGUCGCCCAGCAGCUCAGCCACUGGUACUAGUUCAGUGGUGCAGCAGCCUGACACCUGAGCCGGUUGGAGGAGCUCACGGCGCCCUUCUCUGUUGGUCUGUCCUGAGCUGAAAGACUCGCAGGAGUCCACCAAGGGAGCUGUCUUGGAGGUUCCUGAUCAGAGAGGUACACAAGACAUUCUUUGUCCUCUGAGUACUGUGAAGCCACCAUAGGCUGCAGAAACCAUGUCUUCCCAGCAGUUAUGAUAACUCUUGAAUUUCUUGAGAAUUUUUUACCGCCCUUCUAAAGCACUUAAGUGUUAUAAGGUGUUCCAGUGUCUGUCUGAGGUGUCUUAUAAAAAUGAGGACAAAACCUCUAUU